AAAAACAAUCUGGUGAAAUUUUAUUUUUAUUUCAUUUCAAUUUUCGAAUUCAUUCAUUCAUUCAUAAUGAUGAUUGCCUGGAAUUAUUCGAUAAUAGCCAUUUUGCUAACCAUAUUACUGGCUAUAACAAAUGGUCAAUCGAUGCAUGAAGAUGAUCCGGAUCAACAUCGAACACUUGUUGAAUUGAUUGAAUCACGUGGAUUUCAAGUAGAAGAACAUUCUAUUGAAACAAAUGAUGGUUACAUCUUGCUUGCACAUCGUAUUGUAUGGCCAAAAAAUAGCACGAUUAAUUCUCAAGAUUUGAAACCAGUGCUACUUCAACAUGGUCUCUUUGGUGCAUCAUCAGAUUUUUGUAUUAAUUCACCAUUUUUACGUACGAAACGUUCACUAUACGGUGAUACAAUGGCUUUUGCAUUGAUGAUGACCAAACGUUAUGAUGUAUGGUUGGGAAAUUCACGUGGUAAUCGUUAUUCACGUCGUCAUCGUACACGUUCACCAGCGAAUCGUGAUUUUUGGAAUUUUUCCUGGGAUCAGAUGGCCACCGAAGAUUUACCUGCAACCAUUGAAUAUAUUCGUAAUGCAACAGGACGUAAAACAUUAGCCUAUGUUGGAUAUUCACAAGGAACGGCCAUUAUGUUUGCAUUGUUGAGUCUACGUCCAGAAUAUGCUGAUAUUGUACAGCCAUUCAUUGCUUUAGCACCGAUAACAUUUGUGAAAAAUAUUCAAUCACCAAUGCGUUAUUUUUCUCCAAUGGAACCAUUGUUAAGAUUGAUUGGUGGUGAAUUCCUGCCAUCCAAUACUCUAAUCGAUAACUUGGUCGAUAGAUUUUGUGUUUAUCCAGAUAUCCGUCCACUUUGUGCCAAUUUAAUUUCUUUUGGUGGUUUUGAUAAGAAAAAUUUGAAUGAAACACGUAUCGGUGUCUAUUUACAUUUUACACCAUCAACAACAUCUACAUGGGAUAUAGCUCAUUGGGCUCAAUCGGUGAAUCGUGGUCGUUUUCAACGUUUCGAUUAUGGUUCAUCCGCACGUAAUCAACGCCAUUAUAAUCAAUCAACAGCGCCCGAUAUUCCAUUGGAAAAUAUUCCAACAAGUGCUAAAAUAGCUUUAUAUCAAGGACGUAAUGAUAUACUAUCGACUGAACCAAAUGUUGAACAUUUGAAGCAGAUUUUCAAAAAAUCUGGAGUCACUUUGAUUCGUGAUUUUAUUGUUUCGGAUCCAAAAUGGACACAUUUAGAUUUUGGUUUUGGUGAAAAUGCUGGAGUUUUAUUUAUAAAUGAUAUGAUUGAUACAUUGGAUAAAUAUGCUAAAUAAAUGAAUUUCCUGAUUGAAAAAUAACCAAAAUAAUAAUAAACUAUUUCCUUAUUUA